AUGGGCCAGAAGGCAGGCGACCUUGGCUGGCGGCUUGGCCUUUUGCUGCUCUCCUUGCUCCUGGCUCGAGCUGGCGUCUGGGGUUUUCCAAGGCCCCCAGGGAGACUCCCCCUGAGCCUAGAGGGGGAGUUCAAGGUCAGCCUGCAUCUUGCCAGGAAGCUGCUGUCCGAAGUUCGGGCCCACACCCACCGCUUUGCUGAAGCUCACCUGCCAGGAGUGAACCUGGACCUCCUGCCCCUGGGACAGCAGCUCCCCAAUGUUUCCCUGACCUUCCAGGCCUGGUGCAGCCUCUCUGGAUCAGAGCGACUGUUCUUCCUCUCCAUGACACUUCACCCCUUUCAAGCCCUAUUGGGCGGGCUGGGGGCCCAGGGGGGCUGGACCAGCUCAGAGAGGAUACAGCUGUGGGCCAUGAGGCUGGAUCUCCGAGAUCUGCAGCGGCAUCUUCGCUUCCAGGUGCUGGCUGCAGGAUUCAACCUCCCUGAGGAGAACACGGAGGGGAAGGGGCUGCUUCCGGGGGCCCUGGACGGCCCCUCACAGACGUCAGCCCGGAUGUCCUGGUCGCAGCUCCUCUAUGCCUAUCGGUUGCUGCACUCCUUGGAGCUGGUCUUGUCGCGGGCCGUGCGGGACUUACUGCUGCUCUCCCAGGCCAAAAACCCAGGCCAGGCCUUGGGGUGCCCACCACUGGCCAGCUCCCAGCCCUGA